CCUACCAACAGAAGGACUUCUGUGUUGCUAUAAAUGAUUGCAAAAUGCUCGUAUUAUCUCAUAAGUGCUUGCAACAUGCGAACUCUGAUUCCUUCAUCUCCAUCAACACUCCUGUCUUGUUUCUUUCUUUCCUUUCUCGUUCUCGCGCAUGGAAGAUUUCUUUUACGAGAUGCUCUGAAUAACUACUAUUAUCAGCUUAAUCUCCCAGGAGUCCUUGGCCCUGAAAGCCUCGCUUUUGAUUGUAAUGGCAAUGGUCCAUAUGCUGGUGUUUCGGAUGGUAGGAUUCUUAGAUGGCAAGGACAGGGAAAAGGUUGGGUUGAGUUUGCUAUCACCUCUGCUAACAGGAACAGGAAGCUAUGUGAUGGAUCAGAAAACACAGACCUCGAGCCAAUUUGUGGGAGACCAUUAGGACUGAAAUUUCAUCCAGCAACUUGUGAUCUGUACGUCGCAGAUGCAUACUUUGGACUGUUGAAAGUAGGACCAAACGGAGGUGUUGCUACCCGACUUGCUACUUCUGCUGAAGGGGUUCCCUUAAAGUUCACUAAUGAUUUAGACAUUGAUCCCAACAGUGGAGUUGUCUAUUUUACAGAUAGCAGCGUCCACUAUGAAAGGAGGUUGUUCAUGGAAGCAAUUUCGAAAGCAGACAGGACUGGAAGGUUGUUGAAAUAUGAUCUAACUACCAAGAAAGUGAGUGUACUGUAUAGGGGCUUGGCAUUUCCAAAUGGGGUGGUUUUAUCCAAGGACAACUCUUACCUUCUGCUAGUCGAGUCAAUGAAUUUCCAAGUCUUAAAAUUCCCACUUUCCAGCUAUGGAGUUGGAGUCCCACAUGUUUUUGCAAGUCUUGACAGGUUCCCUGAUAACAUCAGGAGGAACGACAAUGGAGAUUUCUGGGUUGCAUUGAAUACGGCAAGAGGGAAGCUUCAAGGAGCCGUAGAGGAUCCUGUGGGUAUUAGAUUUAAUGAAUAUGGGAGAGUUGUGCAGGUUGUGAAUGGUAAUGGUGGUGACACUCUUGAUUCUGUUAGUGAAAUUGAGGAACAUGAUGGAAGGUUGUGGUUUGGGUCUCCUACGCAACCUUAUGUGGGUACCUUGAAAAAUUAGUUUCUCCAAACUAAUAUAGCUCUGGGGAAGCAGAGAGUUCUUGUCAGAACAAUUAGUUCUUACUCAUUUAGUGUGCUUAAGUUCGAUAAGCAGCCUGGAGUUUCGGUUAAACCUUCUUUGUUCUUAUUUGUUUUGCUAAGUUAAUUAUAAGUUUUCAAGAAGUUGUGCAUAA